CCUCCCCUUUCCGAUGUACGUUACUUGCUUUCUUUUACUGCUUGUUAGCUACUCCUUAGGCAUUAGGAACGCGCACCAUUUCGUAAUCGAUAAUCAAACCCUUGAUCCAACGUCAAGUGGUCCUUUUCAAAUCAAAUUCAAUAAACAAACCCUUGAUCCAACGUCAAGCGGCCUUUUCCAAAUCAAACUCAAAAAACACAAUAAAUGACGAUUAGGAUCGUACGUCACGAGCCUUAAGCGAUAAAGAAGGGAUGAGACUGGAGCUUUCCUACACUCAUUCUGAAUGCUUCGAACACAAGACGUUUGGCUUGACCGUUUGAGGUAUUCACCUUUAUCCAUAGUCUUUAGUGCAACUCAACACAUUCAAACCUUUUGUUUGAGCCUUAGGGCGACACCAAUCGAAAACCCUUCUUCAAGGUAAUAAAAUCAACAAAACAAACACAAAUAAUUUCAAACCACGAACUACGAAGGCUCUGAUUUCUCACUUCAACAAGUGGGCAUACGUAGGCACGAGGAUCCAUUCCUUGGCGAGCACACUAAUUUAAAAUCUACCUCCACUCUGUAAACCUUUGACAAGCAAACAUUCGAUAAAUAAGACACACGUAAGCGCAAACAUCCUAGAUAGUUCCCAUGGAGUAUCAUGGAUGUGAGGGGUGCUAAUACCUUCCCCUUGCAUAACCGACUUCCGAACCUGUUCGUGGUUGCGAUGACCAUAUCUUUGGGGUUUUCUCGAUAUUUUCCCAUUCCUUUGGAAUAAAUAAAAACCGAUGACGACUCUGUAUUUUUCGUGUAGCGACAGUAACAUAUAUCACCCCAUCUGACAUCUCCUUCAACAUCACCUGUACUCCACAAAACAUCCUUUUCAACAUCAUAUGUCAUCUAGCUACUUCAUAGCACAUAUUAACUGUAGCUCUCCUUUAGCUACUUCUCCCCCUUUUUAGUCAAAAUAGACCAAAGAGACCAAUGAGACAAAAUAAAUGCCUAUUAGUCAAAGAGGAUGUCACACAGAAUGUUAAAACAUAUUGUCAGGUGUUACAGAACCACAAAUAUAUACAGCUAUUGUUGGUGUAAGCCCUAGAGGCCAAUGCUUUUGGUACUUGUAUCAAAUAAUAAAAGGCUUUUCUUUAUUAUGGUUGAUUAAUAAAGUCCCUGGAAUAGAUAGUCUGUUUAAUGUAUUAAGUGUGACUUAAUCAUGAGAACACAUUAAACAUAAGGAUACUAUUCUUAAAGUAUCCGUAGUCGAGCUUUAGUGUGAAGUGGGAUAACAUUAAAGCAUUAAGACUAUUAUGUUUGUAGACUGAUGAUCACAUCUCAUGAAUCAUGGAUAAAGAGUUAUCAAGUCUUAAACAUAGGUAUGAAUGUUAAGAGUAAUAUUUAUACCGGAUUGACCCGUUAUGAGAAUACUAUAUAGAAAGUUAUGCAAAGUGUCAUAAGUUAUUCUCAUGGUGAUAAUGGUGUAUACCACUCUUCGACCUGAAACCACUAUGGACCCUAGAUGUAGAGUCGAGUGCUUUAUUGCUGAUCAAACGUUGUCCGUAACUGGAUAACCAUAAAGAUAGUUGAUGGGUACUCCACGAAGCAUGCUGAGGGACAUGGGUGACCUAGAUGGAAUUUGCUCAUCCUGCAUAACAGGAUAAAUGUCUAUGGGCCCAAUAUUGAACUGGACAAGGAUGACACGGUCUAUGCCUUGUGUUCAAUAUAGACAUAAGGGCAAAAGGAUAAUUAUACACAUAAGUAUUAUCACAGAAGGAAUUGUCAGAUCACUUGACAUUUUCGUGUCUUGGGUAGCAGUGAUGUGUUGCUAGAUACCGCUCACUGUUUAUUAUGUUAAAUGCGUGAUUUAAUAUAAUUGCCAACGUCACGAAAACCUACAGGGUCACACACAAAGGACGAAUUGAUGAGAGAUAGAGUAACUAAGGAAUACCGUAAGGUACGGUGCCCUUAAGUGAAUUAUAGAACAUCGUAAGGUACGGUGUACUUGAGUAGAAUACGAAAUAUGGUAAGGUACCAUGGGCUUAAGUGAUUUUGGGCAUAUUAUAAGAUAUGGGCCAAAAUACACUUAAUUGGGCCUUUUAGCUUGAAGCCCACACAAGUGGUUCUAUAAAUAGAACCCUUGUGCAGAAGCAUUCAUCGCGGUUGCAUUAUUUUCGUUUUCUCUCUCUCUCUUACUCAAAGCCUUCAUUCGUACCAGCUAGCACUGAGAUUGAAGGAAUCCGUUCGUGUGGACUGAGUAGAGACGUUGUCAUCGUUCAACGUUCGUGAUCGCUCCGUGGAUCUGCAUCAAAGGUUUUGAUCGUCACAAGAGAUUUGCACCAAAGGUUUCAUUCGUCACAAGAGGUAAAUAUUCUAUCACUGAUCAUGACCAUUCGUAAGGAUCUCUAAAGGAGAAAAUUUUAAUUUCCGCUGCGUUUUGGACCGCAAUUCUCCUUCAGUGGUAUUAGAGCCACUUACGAAACCAUGACUCGGAUAGCUGUUUAUUUUCUGUAUUAAUAUGAUUAAAAGACAUAAUGAAUCAAUUAAUUAAACGAGUAAUUAAAUUUGGCAUCAUGAGUGUACGAGUUGGAUGAUUGAUGUUGACUAUGCUUCGGAACCGACAUUAGUAUGGUGAAGCAGCGAUACAUCGAUCGUCCAUAGGUUACGCAAUUGAGACCGAUCAACUUAUAUAUGAUAUAAGUAAUCCUAAUGCAAAGUACGGUAUAUGUGAUAUACUAUUUCUGUUUCGUUCAUUCAAACACUAAAUGGUUGUUUUCCUUUGAGCGAUCAAUGGUCAUUUGCUUCGGAAUCCGACAUUAGUAUGGUGAAGCAAUGACUUGUUGAUCAAUCAUACUGAAUCAACAAUCGAGAUGUGUUUGGCGGUCUGAAAUUGGUGCAUUAGGGUUGAUGACGGUGCAAGGGUUGUGCCGUCAAGGAGUUGCGAAUUUAGGGCUUUUUGGAAGAGGUCUGUAGACUGUUUCAAAGUUCUGUUAUUUUGGCCGCGUGAAGCUCGUGACGAGCGUAACAAGCUGGAUGCGUGACGGUCGUAACAAGCCCGUGACGGUCGUAACAAGCCUAUGACGGUCGUCACAUGCUUUGUGACGGUCGUCACACUCACAGAUCCAAAAUUGCCUGUGACGGUCGUCACAUGCUUGUGACGGUCGUCACACGCCUGUGACGGUCGUCACACACUCACAGAGUCAAACAAUUUGGGUUUUCUGUUUUGUGACUACGCAAGGGUUGUGUUGAUGCAAAACAAUGUCCAUUUCAAAUGAAUCGGUCAGCGGAACCACCGUCCGCUGACCGGGCAGCGGAACCACCGUCCGCUGACCGGGCAGCGGAAACCCCGGCUAACUCUGCGUAGUGUGAUCGGUCGCCGAAAUUUAAUUUGGUUUUAAUUAAUUAAAGGAAUUAAAAAAUUAAUAAUAAUAAUGUGUUUGUUAUUAUUGCCUUGUUGUGAUCAGUUAUGGCCUUAGUCUUCCUUCAUUUUGUUUUGGGUUUUUUAAUACGACCUGCGUGUCGUGCCUCUCCUUUUGAUCUCUUAAUGUAACUUCUUUUCUCAUCUCAAACCCUCGUAUGUAAAAUGAGUUUCUUAUGGAAUGUAAUGUUAUGAAGAAAGAGAAGAAGACAAUGUUAUGAAGAAAGAGAAGAUUUCAAUAUCAAAGGAGGACAACCUUGAAGAUCAAAGGAGGACAACCUUGAAGAUCUUGCUUGGAGAAGCUUAGAUCGCUAUUAGGUUAGCUUAGGUUCUCUCAUUGACUUGUGAGAACAAUUGCGCUAGGGGCCAUAACUGUUUCAUUGUGUAUGUAUGUUGAUGCAUGUGUAUAUAUGUUGAUGCAUGUGAAUAUAUGUUGAUGCAUGUGAGAGACGAUUUAUAUGAUAAAUAAGCCGGUGAGAUCAGAACAAUUGCAAUUCCCUCAAAUUAAAUAUUAAGUUUAUGCUUUCCAAGUUUUAACACUCAUCAAGACUAAUAUCAGAUAAUGUAGGUUUCGCCUACGCGAGGUGCAUGAUCUAUAUAUUAGUAAGUUGCGAUGGGAUAAUUGUAAUAUCCAACUGUUAAAACAAUGGGUCAAACUUAACUAAACAAAUUAUGAGAAUAUUAUAUAUGUUUGCUUUCCAAGUUUUAGCACUCAUCAAGACUGGUAUCGAAUAAUGUACGUUUCGCCUACGCGAGGUGCAUGUUUUGUAUUAGUUAAGGUGCGAUGGGAUAAUUGUAAUAUCCAACUGCUAAAACGAUGAGUCAAACUUAAUUAUAAUUUUAUUAUAUAUGUUUAGAAGCAAGAGUUGGGAAUAAUCCAUAUGAUGAAUUGGAAUAAAGAGUUAUUCACCUAACUGAAAUUUUCGAGAGUUGUAUGAGAUACAACUGGAAGGAGUUCCUACCUAAAUAACCUAGUUUUGUGUAAUCCGCCUACGCGGACUUAGAACGAAGUGAAAUAUGGAUCUCGACCCACUAGAAAAUCUUCCAACGGGAUUUUCCGAAUCAAAUGAUGAGGGUCAUUUGUUUUGAAUAAAAUAGUGGGAGCAUAUUUGAUUAAAGGCCUAAUUAAAUAUGUCAAUGAUACUUAUAUUUUCUUAAUCCUUAUGUAGAUAACCAUGACAGCAAACACCUCUAACAACAUCUUGCGAUCAAUCCUUGAUAAAGAAAAAUUGUCUGGGACAAAUUUUCUGGAUUGGCACCGAAACCUGAGGAUUGUCCUCAAACAUGAUAAAAAGCUGUAUGUCUUGUAGAAACCUAUUCCUGAAGAGGAACCUCCUAGUUCUGCACCUAAGGCAGAAAGAGAUGCUUAUAAGAAGCAUGUCGAUGAUGCCAAUGAAACUGCUUGUCUCAUGCUAGCUACCAUGAACUCAGAAUUGCAAAAGCAACAAGAGAACAUGACAGCGUUCGAUAUGAUCGAACACUUGAAGAUGCUCUAUCAAGAGCAAGCAAGGCAUGAGAGGUUUGAAGUUUCAAGAGCCCUUUUUCAAAGCAAGUUAGUUGAGGGAGCCCCUGUAGGUCCCCAUGUACUCAAGAUGAUUAGGUAUGUGGAAAACCUUGAGAGAUUGGGUUUUCCCCUUGAAAAGGAACUUGCGACUGAUUUGAUCUUGCAAUCGUUGCCAGAUAGUUUCAGUCAAUUUGUCCUAAAUUUCAAUAUGAUUGAUAUGGACAAAUCUCUUCCUGAACUGCUCGCCAUGUUAAGAACUGCCGAGCAGAAUCUGAAGUCAAAAGGAAGUCCAUUCUGAUGAUCGAAAAUGGAAAGAGACAGAACAAAAGGCCCACUAAGCAGGGUGAUAAAGGGAAAGCCAAGGAAGUUGCCAAACCCAGACCCACUGUUGCUGCUUUGAAGCCUAGUGGAGGCAUAGCAAAGGCAGGCACCUGCUUCCAUUGCGGUAAGACCGGACACUGGAAGAGAAACUGCCCAAAGUACCUGGAAGAUAUGAAGAAUGGAGUAGAGACUUCAACUUCAGGGGCUGAAAAGGAGUAGAGAUUUGGCAAAAGGUGAAGUUGACCUACGAGUUGGCAAUGGAGCAAAGGUUGCUACUUUAGCCGUAGGAUCUUAUGUAUUGACUUUACCUAGUGGUUUUAUAAUUCAGUUAGAGAACUGUUAUUAUGUACCUGCAAUUAGCAGGAAUAUUAUUUCCAUUUCUUGUUUAGACAAGUUUGGUUUUUCAUUUAUAAUAAAGAACAAUUGUUGCUCAAUUUAUUUGAAUGAGAUAUUCUAUGCUACUGCACAAAUGAGCAAUGGACUAUAUGUCCUUGAUCUCGAAAUGCCUAUUAAUAACAUUAAUACUAAAAGGGUGAAACCUAACGAGUUAAAACCAACUAGGUAAGAAUAUUAAAACUCUUCGAUCAGAUCGAGGUGGUGAGUAUUUAAGCCUAGAGUUUGAUGACCAUCUGAAAGAGUGUGGGAUCCUAUCCCAGCUUACUCCUCCUGGAACACCCCAAUGGAAUGGUGUAUCUGAGAGAAGAAAUUAAACCCUGUUAGACAUGGUCCGAUCCAUGAUGAGUCACGUCGAUCUUCCAAAUUCCUUUUGGGGACAUGAACUAUUGACAACAACUUACACACUUAACCGUAUUCCAUCCAAAAGGUGUGAGAAGACACCAUAUGAGAUAUAGAGUGGUAAGAAACCAUAUAUGUCUUACAUAAAGAUUUGGGGUUGCGAGGUUUAUGUGAAACGACAAAUUUCAACUAAGCUUGAGCCCAAAUCUGACAAGUGCUUAUUUGUGGGGUAUCCUAAAGAAACAAGAGGGUAUUACUUCUACAAUCCUUCUGAGGGCAAAGUGUUUGUCGCUCGAACUGGAGUUUUCCUAGAAAAGGAUUUUAUUUCCAAAGGAACCAGUGGGAGGAAAGUAGAGCUUGAAGAAAUUCAAGAAUCACAAAGCAUUGAUACACCUAUGGAGGAAUUAGAGCAGGAGACACAAGUAGUUGUGUAAGAGCAACCUGCUCAAGUAGAACAAGACCAGCAUAGGUCAGGCAGGAUACGUCACCUACCUGAGAUAUAUGGAUAUCUGAUCAAGGUGAUGUAUUACUCAUGGAAUCUUCGUUUUGAUGAAACAGUAAAACAAUAUGGAUUCAUCAAGAACGAAGAUGAGCCUUGUGUCUACAAGAAGGUUAGUGGGAGCAUGAUCAUAUUCUUGGUAUUAUAUGUAGAUGACAUAUUACUUAUUGGAAACGAUAUCCCUACCCUGCAACAAGUAAAGUCUUGGGUGGGGAAAUGCUUUUCUACGAAGGACCUAGGUGAAGCAGCCUAUAUAUUAGGAAUCAGAAUCUAUAGAGAUAGAUCAUAAAAUGCUUGGCCUAAGUCAGAGUACAUAGACAAGGUGUUGAGACGCUUUAAUAUGAAUGAUUCCAAUGGUUAUGUGUUUUGCUGAAAUGGUGGCGCUGUGAGCUUGAAAAGUUCAAAGCAAGAUACAGUUGCUGAUUCUACAACCGAGGCCGAGUGUAUUGCUGCCUCAAGUGCAGCAAAGAAAGCUGUUUGGAUCAAAAAGUUCAUUAGUGAACUUGGCAUAGUCCCUAGCAUUGUGGAUCCCAUAGGUCUCUAUUAUGAUAACAAUGGUGCUAUCGCACAAGCUAAGGAGCCUAGAUCUCACCGACGAUCCAAAUACAUACUCAGGCGUUAUCAUCUCAUUCGAGAGAUAAUAGAUAGAGGAGAUGUGAAAAUAUGCAGAGUACCUACACUUGACAAUAUUUCUGACCCACUGACAAAGCCUCUUGCGCAGCAGAAGCAUGAUGGCCAUACUAGAUCUAUGGGUAUUAAGGGUAUGCCUGAUUGGCUCUAGUACUAGUGGGAGAUUGUUGGUGUAAGUCCUAGAGGCCAAUGCUUUUGGUACUUGUAUCGAAUAAUAAAAGGCUUUUCCUUAUUAUGGUUGAUUAAUAAAGUCCCUGGAAUAGAUAGUCCGUUUAAUGUAUUAAGUGUGACUUAAUCAUGAGAACACAUUAAACAUAAGGACAUUAUUCUUAAAGUAUCCGUAGUCGAGCUUUAGUGUGAAGUGGGAUAACAUUAAAGCAUUAAGACUAUUAUGUUUGUAGACUGAUGAUCACAUCUCAUGAAUCAUGGAUAAAGAGUUAUCAAGUAUUAAACAUAGGUAUGAAUGUUAAGAGUAAUAUUUAUACCGGAUUGACCCGCUAUGAGAAUACUAUAUAGAAAGUUAUGCAAAGUGUCAUAAGUUAUUCUCAUGGUGAUAAUGGUGUAUACCACUCUUCGACCUGAAACCACUAUGGACCCUAGAUGUAGAGUCGAGUGCUUUAUUGCUGAUCAAACGUUGUCCGUAACUGGAUAACCAUAAAGACAGUUGAUGGGUACUCCACGAAGCAUGCUGAGGGACAUGAGUGACCUAGAUGGAAUUUGCCCAUCCUGCAUAACAGGAUAAAUGUCUAUGGGCCCAAUAUUGAACUGGACAAGGAUGACACGGUCUAUGCCUUGUGUUCAAUAUAGACAUAAGGGCAAAAGGGUAAUUAUACACAUAAGUAUUAUCACAGAAGGAAUUGUCAGAUCAAUUGACAUUUUCGUGUCUUGGGUAGCAGUGAUGUGUUGCUAGAUACCGCUCACUGUUUAUUAUGUUAAAUGCGUGAUUUAAUAUAAUUGCCAACGUCACGAAAACCUACAGGGUCACACACAAAGGACGGAUUGAUGAGAGAUAGAGUAACUAAGGAAUACCGUAAGGUACGGUCCCCUUAAGUGAAUUAUAGAACAUCGUAAGGUACGGUGUACUUGAGUAGAAUACGAAAUAUGGUAAGGUACCAUGGGCUUAAGUGAUUUUGGGCAUAUUAUAAGAUAUGGGCCAAAAUACACUUAAGUGGGCCUUUUAGCUUGAAGCCCACACAAGUGGUUCUAUAAAUAGAACCCUCGUGCAGAAGCAUUCAUCGCGGUUGCAUUAUUUUCGUUUUCUCUCUCUCUCUCUCUCUCUCUCUCUCUCUCUCUCUCUCUCUCUCUUACUCAAAGCCUUCAUUCGUACCAGCUAGCACUGAGAUUGAAGGAAUCCGUUCGUGUGGACUGAGUAGAAAUGUUGUCAUCGUUCAACGUUCGUGAUCGCUCCGUGGAUCUGCAUGAAAGGUUUUGAUCGUCACAAGAGAUCUGCACCAAAGGUUUCAGUCGUCAGAAGAGGUAAAUAUUCUAUCACUGAUCAUGACCAUUUGUAAGGAUCUCUAAAGGAGAAAAUUUUAAUUUCCGUUGCGUUUUGGACCGCAAUUCUCCUUCAGCUAUAUAAGCUGAGAUAAAAAGAAUCCAGAGAAAUCACAAAGAACCCAAGAAAUUACAUCAAGGCAUCAAAAUAAGACUUCCAGAAAAAACAUCAAACAUCAAGGCAUCCAGAACAGCACAUCAUCAUAACAGGGGAACAAUCUUCACCAACACUCAGUCAGAGGAGCUAGCAUCUUCAUCAGCUUCAGACCCAGAACUGCCACUUGAUUUAUCUUGAGAUUCAGACCUCUCACUAGAGGUGUGGGCUUCUGUUUCCUUGGCUUGACCAACAUUAUCUCUAUCUCCUUGCUCCAAGAUAUUAAUCAGAACCUCCAAAGCUUCUUUCCUAGCUUUAGCCACCCUUAUCCCAGUCUCCAAUUCCUUACAGGUCUCUUUCAGUUCAGCAAUCACACCACCUUGAGAAGCUGGCUUCUUCAUAGAAGAUGUCAUGACAAUGUCAUUGACAUGACUGCCUUCAAAUAAUUUGUAAUGAACUGACAGGGGAGGUUUUCUUCUACUAGGGAUAUCACUUAUGCUCAGAAUUCCAGGUUACUGGCUUAGAAUUAUCCCACAAAUUAUUGAGGAAAAAUCUAUCGGCAACUUCAUUACAUUUGUAGAAGCAUGUUUGACAAUUUGUUCAAACAUGAAUCUACCAUAAUCAAAAAUUAAGCUUGGUUCCAAUAGAAAAUAUGAGCCUUCCAAGAGCAUUUGAGAUUGUGGAGAUGUGAUUUGUUGGUACCCAGUUUGUUGACCCUAUCUUGUGCAAGAUAGCAUAUUUCACAGUUAGUUUUCUGUAAGACCCCAAUUUUGUCCCUAAGAUCCCUCAUGGCAUCAUAUCAUAUCAUAUCAUUGCCUUAAGGAUCAUUGUGCACCUUGCCUCCUUCCCUGUGGGUGGGUUAACUUUUGAGUGUGAUUCUUGAUCACCAAGCAUGUUUUGCAUUUGUAUAUCAUUGCAUUUCUUUUUACCACUAACCAAAAGUACAAAAAUAUGUCAUCUAACCCUUGUCUUGCAGAUGAAGCAAUCAACAGUCAAGACAGUCAAAGGCAGUCAUUGAGCAAUAGGUGGUGGCCAUUCUUGAGAAUUUGGACACCACAUUCAUUCACAAGAGCUUACAUGAGCUAUGACAUCAUUUUGAAUCAAAAUCCCAAGUGGUAGAGGUUUGAAUUUCAUCAGAACAUUGCCAGGUCAACUGAAAGCCUAGAAAGUCAACUGCCAAGUCAAUUGUGGAUUUGGAGGUGGGAAGUGAUUAGAAAUACUUCAUUCAUGUUCAAGCAAGUCUCAUUUGACAUUUUAAACACUCUCAUUGAAGGAUUUGAGGUCCAGUCAAAAUUUGCCAAAAAUAGAAAGUGACCUAUAAUUUGAACUUUCCAAAAAUGGAAAGGUUUUAACCCAACUUCAACUUCAAAUUACAUCAUCAAGAAAGCUUCAAAUGAAAUUUUGUUGAACAUUAAAGUUGUAAAUCUUUCUCUCCCAUUUCCAAAAAGUCCAAGAUCAUCCAUUUCUCAUGUGUGGUUGAAGAGAUAUGAUCAAAACAUGGCCAAGUGUACUUGAAGAUUCAAAAGUGCAUAACUUCUCAACCAAAGCUCCAAAUUGCAUGGCUCUUUUUGCAUUAUUCUUGUUUUGACCUAUAAUUUCAUAAUCAUGCAUUGCAUUUCAUGAAUUAUGAUCACAUGAACAUUUGAUAUUUCACUUGAUUUUUGGAGGGAAUUUUCAAAGUUUAAAAUUGGCUAAUUGUUUGAGCAUUCUCUCAUUGCCAAUAGCUCCAAAACAUAAUUUUAAGUGAAAAUCAAGUGAAUCACGUGCACUGUUCACCAUGAUGUUCAUGCAUAGGGUGAAAUGGCCAUUUUGCAUUUGCACCUUAUUUUCACUAAUCCAAUUGCCAUAAGCUUAAGUAUGAUUAAGAACUUGAUUAGGAGGGGGUAUAUAAGACAAACCCUAACAGAUUUUCUGCUAACAACACUUCAUUUUUCAGAUCUAGAAUUUUUCACACUUUUUUUCUCUCAAAAUUUUCUCUCUAAUUCUUCAACAAUUUGCAUUUCCUUUGGUUGAUUCGUGCUUCUGGAGAGUUCUUGAGCAAGAUUGAAGGAAGAUCCAUAGCAAUUGGUGCUGUUUUUGUGGAAUACUCGAAGCUUUGAACAUCAAUGGUGAAUCCAAAUUCUUGCAAGUUCGUGUGCAAUUGAGCUGUAAUUCCUCUUCCAAUCAUCCAUACAAGAGUUCUAGAGGAGAUAUUGAGCACGACAAGGCUUGAACAACACCAAUUCCAGCACUGUUCUACAAGAGGUCAUAAAAUCGCAUCUCAUAAUUUUGAUUUUCAUUGCCAUAUUAUGAUAGAUCUGAUGAUGCUGAGUAAUUUAGGCUUUGAAUCGUGCAAUUUCGUGUUGAAUUGAGUGAGAACUGAUUAAUUGAAUUUUUGAUGAUGAUUCUUCUUUCAUUCGAUCCGUGCGUGUUUAGUUGUUUCUUGUUGAUUUGUUUGUGGAUUCAUGUUGUAUGAUGCAAGACCUUUGCAAUGAUAUGCGCCAUGAUGAUUUCUGUGCAUUUUGGAAAUUUCUGGAAAAUCUGGAUGAAGAUCUUCACGAUCUUCAUCAUGUUCUUCAUAUGUUCUUCGUUUCCUGCGAAUUUUCAUGCAACCUUCAUGUUUCCUGCGGAUUUCCAAGCGCUUGCAUGCAUUAGCUUAGGGUUUGAAUGUUAUUGGUCCACGUUGCAGCUUAGCGCGUCAUCCAUUUCAAAUAUUGCCUCACUUCGAUUCCAGCCGGAUGCAAAAUUCAAAUAUGCUUCAUGUUAUUUGCUAUUUCCCUCCAUUAUUUCUAUUACAUGUUUCAUGCAUUUUUUUAUUUUUCUUUAACUUCAUAAAAUCAUAUUAAAUUGAAUAUUGCUCCAAAAAUUGUGUGGUUUUUUGCAUGAUGUCACAUUUUCUGUCUAGAAUUUUAUGAUCAUUUUUUCACAAAUUGUGCUUGGCUGGUUUUUAUUUUGCCCUAGGGUUUGUUAACAUGUAUGCUUUUUGUACAUUACCUUGCUUCUCCAUUUGUGAAAUGCUGAGAUUUAAUCCAAUGCCUAUGAAAUUUGACAUGUUGAAACUAGACUCUUGGCUGGACAUUUUGGUGUUGAGUUUGCAUUUUUACCAUUUGUGGUUUCUGUUUUAUGAUCAUGUGAAUGUAGGUGUGACAAUUUGUGUCACACCUUUGCUUGUCCAACUUGAUUAAUUGAUUUGCCAUAUCAAAUGAAUUCCAAUUGAUGUGAUUUUUUGUAUGAUGCUUCAUGUGGUGGUUUAAAUGGUCAUGAUUUUUCUGGGAAUUAUUUGAUUGAUUUCUGAUUUGAUUGAGAUUUUUCUUUCUGGAUUGCCAUGUGUGAGCUUUUGAAUAGUCUUGGUUUUCAUUUGAUCAUGAAAUGCUUGUGGUUUAUCCAAUGGAUGUGAAAUUUUACACAUUGUUUCUAGACAUGUUGAAGAUUGUUUUGGCUUUGAUUUGAGGUUUUUACCAUGUUUCAUUUCUGUUUUAGGCUUGUGCUAAGUUGAUGUGUCAUUUGGUGUCAUAUUUGAGCUUGUUUUGACUGCCUUGCCUUAUACAAUUUGAUUACCAUGCCUAAUCAUGUCCAAUUGCUCUAAUUUUUGGUGUGUUGAUCAUGUUGUAUGUUCUGUUCAUCCAUGAAUUUUCUCAAGAUUAUUUGAAUCAUUUUUGAAUUUAUGUGCAUUUGUUCAUGCUGAUGUCUCAAUGUGCUCACAACUUGCAUACCUUGUCAUGUUUAGUUUGUGAAAUGCAUUUGGUAAAUGAUAUUGAUGUGAGACUUUUUGCAAUGUGUCAAUAAUUGUUUGAAGUUUCUUCAUGUUAAAUUUCAGUCUCUGUUUUGGAUUUUUUCCUCAUCUUUGACCCUAGGCUUUGACCUAGUGGUUUGCCUCUCAUGUUUUAAGCUUUGUUUCAGGUUACACAUUCAAGUUACACAAUUGAUGAUGCCUCAUCUUGAGAGCAUUUGAUAUUUGCUUUUGAUUACUAAUGUGUGUUUUGUAGGUUGAUGUUGACUCUCUUGAGUUUGACUUUUGGCUUACACAUUGUGUAUAUUGGUUAUCUGUUGCAUUAACUGUUGGUUGUUUGUCUGUAUAGUUGUACUGAUUUGUUUGAUGUUUCCACAGGUACAUUAGUUGCUUAAGUUCACUUUGAACUUGCUUUUGCUUGGUUGCUUAACCACUUAGACAUGGAAAGACCAAAAAGGCAUACAAAGAAGUACAGCUUUAGAUAACCCGAUGUGAAAGAGUUAAGGAAUCUGACAUCCUAUGUAUUAGAUCCCUUGGGUUUCAAAGCUCGUUAUGGGAAGCUUCUGCCUCUGUUGACUACUCAGGUUGACGAAGGGUUGAUGAGUACUUUGGCUCAGUUCUAUGAUCCUCUGUAUCACUGCUUCUCUUUUCCGGACUUCCAGCUGUUGCCUACGCUUGAGGAGUAUGCUCAUCUUAUUGGGAUCCCAAUUCUGGAUCAGGUGCCGUUUAGUGGCUUGGAGAGUAUUCCUACUUCUCGAGAGAUUGCAGACUUGUUGCACAUAGAUGAAUCCCUUAUUGAAGCUCAUAUGACCACCAAAGGUGGAAUUCAGGGUCUUCCUUCUGAUUUCCUUAUUGCUCAAGCUACCGUUUAUGGGAAGGCCAUGAGUGAGGAUGCCUUUGAGGCCAUAUUCGUGCUGCUCAUCUAUGGUUUGGUAUUGUUCCCCAACAUCGACAAAUUUGUGGAUGUGAACGCCAUUAGGAUCUUCUCAGUUCUUAAUCCCGUUCCGACUCUGUUGGGUGAUGCCUAUUUCUCUUUACAUCUGAGGAAUGCGAAGGGUGGAGAAGUUAUUGUGUGCUGUUUGCCUCUGCUGUAUAAGUGGCUUAUUUCUCACUUACCACAAACGGUUGCUUUCAAGGAGAACAAGGGAUGUCUACGGUGGUCUCAGAGACUUAUGUCUCUCACUAAUGAUGAUAUCUCUUGGCAUGAUCGCGUGUAUGAUACAGUUCAGAUCAUUGAUUAUUGUGGUGAAUUCCCUAAUGUGCCUCUUCUUGGUACAUGUGGUGGGAUCAGCUACAACCCUAUCUUAGCACGUCGUCAACUUGGGUUCCCCCUAAAGGAUAAACCUCAUAACAUUCUGUUAGAAGGUGUAUUCUUUCAGGAGGGUAAAGAUCCCCAGGAGGGUAAAGAUCCCCAAGGCCUGAAAGCCAGAUUUGUCCGCGCUUGGCGCAAGAUUCAGAAGAAGGGUAGAAAUGAAUUGGGUCCGAAGAACUGCAUAGCUUUGGAGCCUUAUACUUCUUGGGUCAGACAGAGAGCUUCUGAGUAUCUGAUGCCGUACGAUUAUCCGAGACCUACACCAUUGUUUGUGGCUGGGCCUUCAACCCUCCCUAACCAAGAUGUAGAGGAGUUGAGAGACGAAGACCUUUCACGUGCCUGGAUCCGUGAAAGAGAAGAGUUGCUUCAGCAAAUCAAGGAGAAGGACGCUCUGAUCGAGUUCCUCGAGCAUCAGGUGAUCGAUGAUCCGAAUGAUACUUGGACUUCUCUGCUUCCUCAGUCUUCCAAGUUCUGGAAGAGGAAGUAUGAUCGACUUGCAAAGGAGAAAGCGGAUAUGGAAGCAGCCUAUGAGAGAGAGAUCAAGAAGCUUUGUGUAUCUCGUCUUCCAGCAUCUCGAGCUUCUAGGGAUCCAUAGGAUGUUUAUUUUCCUUUUCCCUUGUAAUAAUCAAAAAUGCUGUACUUCUUUGUCUCGAAUAUAUAUUUGAUGAGAUAUUUUCCAUAUGCUAUUAAAUUCUUUAAA